AUUUAGUAUCAUCUUUUCCCCUAUCUAUUCGUCAUCGCCAUUCCGAAAUCUCCAUUUCUCUCUCUCUCUCUCUCUCUCUCCGACGACCGACGACGACUGGAGCUCUGGACAUCUGUUCAUCUGUUCAUUGUUAUCUGUCCAUAGCUUGAGAUGGAUAAACGUAACUGGCCGUGGAAGAAAAAGUCAUCAAGUAAUAGUAUCACUGAGAAGUUACCAGAUGCAGCAGAUACAACAGAUCAUUUGAUUUUUCAUGAUAAUUCUCUACAAGAUCAGGGAAAACACAAAAAUGUCACUUAUAUUCAAGUAUCUGUUGAUUCAUAUAAACAUCUGACUGGCCUUGAGGAACAAGUUUGCACAUUGAAAAAUGAAGUCAAAGAAUUGCAGAAUCAGUUGAAGGAUUCUCAUGAGAAACUGUAUGCAGCUAACCUAGAGUUGGUUGCCAAAGAAGACUUGGCGAACAAGCAUGCAAAAGUUGCUGAAGAAGCUGUUUCUGGAUGGGAGAAGGCUGAUGCUGAAGCCACUGAACUGAAAUGCCAGCUUGAAUCAAUCACACUAAUGAAGCUAACUGCUGAAGAACAAGCAUCUCGUUUGGAGGAUGCCUUAAAAGAGUGCAUGAAGCAAUUGAGAACGGUAAAGGAAGAUGAAGAGAGCAUUCGGGAGAUGUUUGUUAUGAAAACCAAGCAGUGGGAUUCAUUGAGGCUUGAGCUUGAAGCAAAUGUGUCUAUUUUGGACCAAAGGCUUCUCAGGUCAGCUGCUGAAAAUGCAUCAAUCUCCAGAUCAUUACAAGUAAAAUCUAGCAUGCUUGCGAAUAUCAAUGAAGUAAAAACCGAAGCAGAGUUACAGAAUGAACUUCUCAAGCAGAGCAUCCAAUCAUGUGAAAAGGAGAAUAGUUCUUUGAAGUAUGAGCUUAAUGUUCUCUCCAAAGAGCUUGAUAUUAGAAACGAGGAAAAUAAUAUGAGUAUAAGAUCAGCUGAUGCUGCAAACAAGCAACGUCUAGAGGAUGUGAAAAAGAUUGCGAAGCUGGAAGCAGAGUGCCAGAGAUUACGUGGCCUCAUUCGGAAGAAGUUGCCAGGACCUGCUGCAAUGGCACAAAUGAAACAAGAAGCUGAGAGCUGGGAUAGUGAUUCAGGAGAAUCUAGAAAAGGUCCACACAGAUCCAUUGUCAAGAACAAUAAACAAGAAAUUUCUAUUGCCAACUCAAAGGCUGAUAACAAAGAGAUAGAGCUUCUUACUAACCGUUUGUCAACAAUGGAAGAAGAUACAAAGAUAUUGAAAGAAGCUUUGGCAGCUCGAAACAGUGAGCUGCAAUCUUUAAGGGACAAUAAUGCUAAAAUGAAAGCACGUUUACAGUUUAUGAAAGCAGACUCUGAUAAUGAUUCCACCAGCCUGAAAAUUGAUAAAAGCCGUGAAAAAAUUAUACAUCCUACCAAUGCUGAUCCUUCUGAGCUAAUGGAUGACUUCUUGGAGAUGGAGAAGAUGGCAUACAUGGAAAAGAAUGAGAUCUUUUGGAAUCCAAAAGGGGAAGAAGAUGACAGCAUGCAGAAGAUUAACAAUCAACAAAUAAUGACUGCUGUUUCUCAUAUUCACCAAUUUGUUCUAGCCCUGAAGAAAAAAGGUGCACAAAUCCUUGGAUCAUCUGCAUUUGCGAACGCACUGAUUAAAGAUUGCGAAAGCUUCUCUGAGACUGUGGAUAAGGUUCUAACGAAUAAGAUUGACCUACAUUUAUUUAUGUUUGAUCUUUCUAACAUUUUGAUCCAAGCAAAUGAUCUGGUUUUUAGUGUUUCUAACUAUGGGGCCUAUGAAGGGGAAAACACUAAUUCUGAUUACAUAGACAAGGUCCUGUUAGUUGAGAAUGAGGCAGUGAAACAGUUUUCUGAUGAAAUAAAUGGAGACUCAGAGAAAGUCUUUUCCCCGAAUUUUCCAUCGUGUACCUUUGUACUUGAAUUGGAGCAGACUAAAGCUUUAGAGUCGACGAAGAUGCAGCUGGAGGAAGCACAACUGCUAUUAUCAGAUCUCAAAUCAGAACUAGCUUCCUGCAAAAAGUUAAACAGCUUGGCAGAUACACAGGUGAAAUGCAUGGCGGAGUCUUACAAGUCGCUUGAAGUGCGUCUACAAGAAUCACAAGCGAACGUGACAAAAUUUCAAGCAAAAUCUGAGGAUUUGGAUAAUUUACUUCAGCAAGAAAAGCGCCAUCACCAAGAUGCUUUGGUCAAAUGCAAGGACCUUGAGCAGAAACUGAACAGGAGGUGGAGCUGCCCCAUGUGUUCAUUGUCUCCAAAUACAGAUGAAAUGAAGAACAAACAGGAAAGGGAGAUAGCUGCAAAACUGGACGAGUGUCAGGAGACUAUCAAUCUCCUUGGCAAGCAAUUGAAAUCAUUACAGCCGCCUCAGUCAAUUAACACGAGACAGAACGAAAGCCCUGACAAACAUAAUCCUCCAAAUCAGUAAAUCCAAUCAGGCCACGACGAGAAAGAUCGAUCGAUCUUCAUCCCACUUUCCGGGUGAGUCCAAAGCCAGUCAUCUGUAGAUAGACUACUUUCAACAUGCAUUAUUUUGUUACCUUAGAAUUGCAUGCCUUCUCGGCAAAAACAAUUUGUAGCCAUGUUUUCAAGUGGAUGCUCCAGUUUAUGUUUCUGCUUCCACUGAUGAGAAACAAACAAGUCUAAGAUGUCAUUGUGUUUAGCUUAGCCAAAAGAAUAGGUGUUGUAAUGGUUAUUAGGAUAUUCAAUGGAAAUAUUUGAGCUAUAAAUGAAGGCUAUAUUUUGUGAA